AGGUCUUUUAUAAAGCUGUUACCAAUUCUUUCUGCUUUUUUUCGUCCAUGCUUAAAACGGAAGGUGCAAAAAAGAGAAGGCGAGUAAAACUGAACCUUAGUUUGGAGCAAGUGUUGUAGCGCUUGUCUUUUUCUAUGACUAUAAUAAAAAUAAAAACAUUAAUUUUUCCAACGUAGUCACGCGUUUAUGUUCAUUUUUUUUAGGUUAUGUGACAAAUGCAGUCGAUUUUCUUAAGCUGAGUGCGAAAUGGGGAAAGCAAAGAAGAUAAAAUCAGGCAAAAGUAAAAGGAAUGUACCAUUAGAAAAACAAAUUGAAGAUGAUAAGUUUGCGAAGCCCUCGACCCGCGUGAAGGUUCGGCAAAGAAAUGACGAAGAUGCCGAGUUCGUGGACUCGAACCUCUCCCAGCGCAUCUUGGAACAGGCGCGACUGCAGCAGGAUGAGAUUGAAGAUGACAUGGGGCCUUCGGCAAGGAAGCCGCCUGCUGCCCCCAGACUUGGGGCCGGCUCUGACGAGUCUGACGGCGAAGAAACUGACAGCAUGGCAGGAGAUUUCUAUGAAAAGAUUGAAGUGGACGAGGAGGACGAGCGGGCGCUGGAGAUGUUCAUGAGCGCCAACCCUGCGCCCCGCCGGACGCUCGCCGACAUCAUCAUGGAGAAGGUGACGGAGAAGCAGACGGAGCUGCAGACGCAGUGCUCGGACGCUGGGAGCUUGCAGGUCCAGGAGCUGGACCCGCGGGUGAGGCAGAUGUACGAGGGCGUGCGAGACGUGCUGGCCAAGUACCGCAGCGGCAAGCUGCCCAAGGCCUUCAAGAUCGUCCCCAGCCUCCGCAACUGGGAGCAGAUCCUCUACGUGACGGACCCGGGGAGGUGGAGCGCGGCGGCCAUGUACCAGGCCACGCGCAUCUUCACGUCCAACCUGUCCGAGAAGAUGGCGCAGCGGUUCUUCAACCUGGUGCUGCUGCCGCGCGUGCGCGACGACAUCGCGGAGUUCAAGCGGCUCAACUUCCACCUGUACCAGGCGCUGCGCAAGGCCCUGUUCAAGCCGGGCGCGUUCAUGAAGGGCCUCCUGCUGCCGCUGUGCGAGAGUGGGACUUGUACCCUGCGAGAAGCGAUCAUCAUUGGGUCUGUUGUGGCCCGGAACUCCAUACCGGUCCUACACUCCUCAGCGGCCUUGCUGAAGAUCGCCGAAAUGGACUACAACGGAGCAAACUCCGUCUUCCUGCGCAUCUUCUUCGACAAGAAGUACGCCCUCCCGUACCGAGUGGUUGACGCUGUGGUGUUCCAUUUCCUCAGGUUCGAGCGGGACCGGCGGGAGCUGCCCGUGCUGUGGCACCAGGCCCUGCUGACCUUCGUGCAGCGCUACAAGGGCGACAUCAGCUCGGAGCAGCGCGAGCUCCUGCUGGGCCUGCUGCGGCACCAGUCGCACGCCACCAUCACGCCCGAGGUGCGGCGCGAGCUGCAGCACGCCCGCUGUCGCGACGUCGAGGUCCCGCCCGUCUGCUCCUAGUGUUCAACUGUCAAUCAGUACACAAUAAAAUAAAAUCACUGUA